UAGAUUUUUUAUUGGUGCACUUGCAGAAGUAGUAGGGCAAUGGCCGCCGCGGGCCGAGUUCGUGUCGAUUCUUCUGUUUUGGUUUAUGUUUAUACAAUUGUUGAUAAAUAUUAGUGCAGCUCCAGUAUUCUUCAAGCCGCAUACGUAAGGCAAGAUGCCGGUGCGUAGGUGCGCCGAUCCUGUGAGCGUGCAGUAUGUCUGGGACGCCAUCAAGUCGUCAACCGUGCAGCGACAGACGACGGAUGUGGCACGACUCGUGAAGAUCAUCCAGAAGUACGCGAAUUGCAGUCAAGCGCAGGCCGAGCUUUACAUUCAGCAGACGCUCGAGGAUGAUCUGAUUCUCGAGGUGAAGCGCAUCGCGCAGAAGGGGUCGAACGUUGGCACCGAGGUUGAGUCCUUCAAGAUCAACCGACAGGAGGCCGGAGACUUGCAGACGCCCGCCGACGACGGUUACGACUGGUACUGCAUCGAAUGUCACUUGGCUGGAGACGUGAUCACAUGCGCCGGCUGCUAUCAUGUCUUCCACGCGGAGUGCUCGCGGAAGGCGAGUCGCAAGAUCAUGAAUUUUCCUUCUCUCAACGUGCCGAAAGUCACACAGCCUUCGAAUGAUUCAAACACGCAAACAGCGACGAAAGCGGAUACAGAUAAAGAUCCUCUGGCAGACGGGGACGCGGAGGGUAAGGAGAAUGGGGAUACCGAGGAGUCGAAAAACGAUAAAGCCUUGAAAGAUUCGGAUAAGACUGAUAAUGCCGAAAGUGUUGACGGGAAGAAGAAGCCAGACGUGGAAAGUAAGAAGGACGAUGCGCCAGUCAGCGUUAAGGAUUACAUUUAUGACGAAUCGCUGUGCAGCAUUUGCAAUAUGAACAAAUGCGACCCGGGAAGUGGCCUUGAUAUCGACGAGUUUAACUAUUUACUGAGCUUUAUUCUAACUCGAAUUAAAUCAUGGGUGCCAGAUCAUUUGACAAGUAAUCUAAACGGUAUGCUAAAACACGAGUGGUAUACUCCGGCGGAGAUGAGCUGGCGCGCCGGGCAAUUGUUCUACACGCAUAUGGACAUGGCAGCGGUGGAGCUAAAGAUACGCACGAAGGACUACAAGAAUUUCUCGCAGUUUAAGGCUGACGUGCUCACAAUGUUGCAUAAUAUUGACAUUUUCCAUGGCACAGAAUCACAGGAACAUGGCGCCGCUGAGUUUAUGAUCAGAGACAUGGAGUACGACAUCGCUGAGUUGCAGAACUGCGUUGAUUGCUAUCGUCAUAGCAAUGAGAAGAUUAAUCCAAAAUGGUUUUGCUUGCCAUGUCGAAAGCCUCAUCGUUUGGUCUUUGCUAAACAGAAGGGAUAUCCGUAUUGGCCGGCAAAGGUGAUUAAAGAAACUGAUACAACGUUUGACGUGCGCUUCUUCGGUGGCAAGUACGAACGCGCGAUUCUACCAAAGAACUGCGUGAAACCAAUAACGACAAACAUGUCGCAACUGCAAAUCAAAAAGUCAUCGGGUUUCAACAAGGCGAUGGAGGAAUUGAGAUUGCACCAGCGAUUGUUGGAGAAUCCGAGCGAGGUUGCCGCAAUCAAACUGACGCCGAAAGCUAGAGCGAAGCCAAAGCCCAAAAAGGCUGCGGCCCCGACGCUGAAGAUUAAUCAGAAUCAUAAACCUGCGUCUGUUGCAAAUAAGUCAAAUCUCUCGACUUUGUCGAAUGUGUCACUUAAUUCUUCUGCAAUGUUGUCUACCAACACGAGUAUGUCAAGCACGAGCGACGAUGUUUACGAGUUUCACGAUGAUUUGGCAAUUGACAUCAACACGAAAGAUGAGCCGAGGACGAGUAAAAGUCCUGUAAAGCUGGGGGGAGUUAAAAGGAAAGUUUCAUAUCAUGAAGAGGUACCAGAAAAAACACGGAAAUUAUCAUUGUCGACACCUGAAAAGACACCGCCGAAAACGGCCUCACCUCCAAAAUCUCGCGACACUGAUGUUAUAAACAUUUCGGAUAUUGAUGACGAUCGGGAGGGCUUCACCGAAUUUCAUGACCCUAGUCAGAAUUUGGUCUCAAGUUCCACUGAGUUGUUACGAGAGGGCGAGGAACCUGGCAUGCAAAAGUUAGACCAGCAGUAUAGCGAUGCGGUUGAGAAGAUGAGGCGUAAAUUGGAGCUAUGUAAAGGCAACACUAAGCAGUUAAUCGUCACCGCAAUGGACUCGAUGCAGGCGGAAAUUGAUCGAAUACAGAACGAACAUAACGAAACACUGAAAAGACUGUUUGAGUCACAUAAUGCGCAAAUUUCCGAGACCAAAAAGAAACAAUGGUGCUUCAAUUGUGAGCAGGACGCGAUUUAUCAUUGCUGCUGGAACACGACGUACUGUUCGCCGACAUGCCAACAACAGCAUUGGCAGGCCGAGCAUAAGCAAGUUUGCAGGCGCAAGGAUAAACGUUAGAGAAAUACCUAUACAAUCUCGAUGUAAAAUUCAGUUGAAAUCACAAUGAUAUUUGAUGGCGGGGCGCCAAUAAGUCAAUAAGUUGUGCCAGUCUAACACUUUGUCAACUUUUAGAAAACAUUCAAAAUAAUUGCAACAAUUGUAAUAUUUUAGCCAAAAAUGUUAUUUCUAUCUAAUUUUGACUUAUCUUGGUUUUAUAAUUUUAUUUAUGUUGACUCAACGAUUGUUGUUGAUGUGUGUUAUUUUCUGGCACGAUUUGGUAUAUCAUGGUACAUGCUUUGUACAAUUGGGGAUGUUAAAGUUUGACUGCUGGGGGUGCCUACAUAGGGUGCACAAUAUGCACACGUUUAUGAUAACAUAAAACACAUUUACUUAUGGACGAUUGAUUUUCUGCUAGGACGCAGUUCAUAACAUAGUUGCAGCAAGUUAUACAAAUUAACUAUUUUUUUGUCGCAAUAUUCUUUCCUAUGUUUAUAAUUUGACUUUAGUUCCACUGUACGCAAAGAAUUUGAUCAAUAACAAAUAAUUUUAUAACUUGGAGUUGAUAUUAAGACAUUUGAUUGCAAGCAACCAUUUGGGAAGUAGCAUACUAAUGUUAUCAAUUGCCUUGAUGAUUUAUUAUAAAUGUAUUGCAAAUUAUAUAGUUAGUGACGAGUUGUACCUAUGGGUAUAGGUUUUAAGUACUUGGGAGUACAUUUGGUUUGUAUUCUCAUCGAUGUCUGAUUAUUUGGCAGAUUAUAACAUGUUUUUUUUUUGAAAA